AUGGCGCAAAAACGAUGGGUUUGGUCAGAAAAAGACUGUUUAGCCCUCCUCUCAGCGUACGGUACAGAAGAAAUUCAACAAAAGUUGAAAGGUACCCACAAAAACGCUGAUAUUUAUAAAAAAAUCAGCAUUAUAAUGAAAAAAAAAGGGAUAGAUCUUAAUUGGACGCAAUGUAGAACUAAAUUUAAGCAUAUGAGAUCUGAAUACAAAAAGUUCAAAGACACAUUAUCACGAUUAGGAGCUGGGAGAGGCAAGGAACCUAAAUUCUUUAACGUUAUGGACAAUUUCUUGGGUGACAGACCAGAAGCAAGGGGUCUAAAAAACGUCAUCGAUACAUCUGAUGAAUCAACGUGUUCAUCAGCUGAUGCUGAAAUAAAAAGCAUUAACGUGCAUGACGAUGAUGAUAAGUUAUCGUUGAUGACAGACGAGCUUACAAGAAAAUACGGACACGGGAGAAUCAUUGAAAAAAAAUGUCCUCAGUGCGAUGAGUUUGUGGAGCUUAGGACAGCAGGAGCCCAUGUUGGAAACAGCACUGCAGUAUACGCUGAUGAUGACAGACUUGUUUGCCCAUAUUGCGAUUACAUUGAAGCAGAUGUCAGUAACGCAGAUGAGAAGUUACCUAGUGAAGCAAAUGAGGAAUCCCUACCAUCUCAAAGUGAAAACAAAUCAGUGCCAAGAAAAAGAAUACCAAGGGGAAAGGCAAAGCCCUCUAGCAUGCAAGUGGCAUUCGAGAAUGCAAUGAAAGAGCAUAACAAAUAUCUCAAGGAGUCUGAUGAAAUGUUUUUGUCUGAAAUGAAAAAAGAAGCAGAAAAAGAGCGAGAGUUGCGAAAGGAAGAGCUUAAUGUUUAUAAGGAGUCAAUGUCACUUCUUGCAAAUGCUAUAGCAAUGAGGUCUCAGCCUGUGCAACAACCAUUCUACAAUGUUCACCAUGAUGCUGAAAGUCAACAAACAUAUUAAAAACUUUGAUUUAAUUUAAGAACAUGAGUAAUUUAGCUAUCAUCAGCUUAUUGUGUUAUCAAAAACUCAGUUAAAGAAUUUCUAAUUUGCUCUGCA